GCCUCUUUGCGAGGAAAGAGACAGCCCACUCAAACUCGUUCCGUCCCAGCGUCAUUGGACCUUUUUCUAUCAAGAAUGAAUCUAAAUUUGAAUUAGUCUUUCUGUCUCAUUUUUGUAACUGUGUGUAACGGAUUUGUAAAAGGAACCAUGUUUAACUGUAUGCUGCUCGCCUCCCUUUGUCUGACGGCGGCGGCAAUGUUUGACACUGAGUUUGACCUCCCCUGGGCAAUGUGGAAAAGGACCUACAACAAGAACUAUGAGACCCAGGUGGAAGAAGUGGGCCGCAGGGAGCUGUGGGAGUUCAACCUGAAGAUGAUCAGUGUCCACAACCUGGAGGCGUCCAUGGGCCGGCACACCUACCGCCUCAGCAUGAACCACCUGGGAGACAGGACAAGAGAGGAGAGACUCCGGUUGUUGGCUAGGAUGCAUAUUCCCUCUGACCACCAGAGGGCGCACACGGCCUUCCAGGGAGCAGCCAGCGAUCCUUUGCCAGAUAGCCUGGACUGGAGGGACAAGGGCUACGUCACCAAAGUUAAAGAUCAGUACUUGUGCGGGUCCUGCUGGGCCUUCAGUGCUGUGGGGGCCCUGGAGGGCCAGCUGGCCAAGACCACCGGGAAGCUGGUGGACCUAAGCCCUCAGAACCUGGUGGACUGCUCCGGCCGCUUCGGGAACCACGGCUGCUCGGGGGGCAGCAUGCACCAGGCCUUCCGCUACGUCAUCGCCAACGAGGGGAUAGACUCCGAGGAGGCCUACCCCUACCGGGCCAAAGGUCAACAGUGCAUGUACACCGCGGCGUCCCGCGCAGCUAACUGUUCCGGCUACAUGAUCCUGCCACAGGGCAGAGAGGAGUUGCUGCAGCGCGCCGUGGCACUCGUGGGACCCAUCUCCGUAGCGAUCGACGCCUCCCAACAGAAAUUUGCUUUCUACGAGAGCGGGGUGUACAACGAGCCGACGUGCACCCAGAAGGUGAACCACGGGGUGCUGGUGGUUGGCUACGGGACGCAGGACGGCCAGGAGUACUGGCUGGUGAAGAACAGUUGGGGAAAAGGCUUCGGAGAAAAGGGGUACAUCCGAAUGUCUCGUAACCAGGGCAACCAGUGUGGCAUCGCUGUGUACUGCUCCUUCCCCAUUAUGAACAAAGAAACAAACUAAAUGGUUUUGUGUUAGCUUAGCAUGCUUCCUAAGGAGCAUUUAUUUUUAAACGUUUCUUUUUCCAGUUAAAAUGUUGCACUCUAAAGUUUACAGUGUGGAGGUUUUUAAUCAAAUAAUUCUUGAUACUUUUUUAUAAUUAUACGUGAUCCAUAAACAUUUCUAACGAUGUCAAAUUCAAUUCUAUAACAGUGUUUGCCUUGCCAAAUGUUAUUUGAUUCCAUGCGGACUAGUGUCAGUUCACCUUUGCGUGACCGUGCAUGGAUUAUUGUGAAUAAUAAUGUCUGCAUGUAUGUGGAUAUUUGUUCCUUGAUGUAAAUGUGUAUCUAUGCAAAUAACGUUUGUGAGCGUGUGGGUGAGAUGGCCUCCGUGGACGUGCACUGUGAAAACAGUGCAUGUAUCUGGUUGUAGUUUGAACAAAAGUAAACAAACCAAACAGUGA